AUGAAUAUAGGCCAUAAGCUCAUAGGAGUAACAACAGACAAUGCUUCCAAUAUGAUUGCUAUUGGUCGUGUUCUAAAAGAAAGAAUGCAUAAUGAAUUUAGUAAUAUUAAUGUGCAGCAUUUUCGCUGUGGCGCACAUAUUCUAAAUAUCAUUGUUGAAGAAGGAAUUAAGUCAGUCAAUGACUUGCGCUUGAUAUUCCGUGGUCUUAUUAUACAUUUAAAUAAUAAUGAAAACCUAGUGAUCAAUACACAACAUGCUGUAGCUAAUGCGAUGAAAGUAAAAUUUAUGUCAUAUUGGGCUCACCUAAAUGAAUCGUCAGCAAUUUUAGGCCUUCUUGACCCCCAUAAUAAACUUUCUACCUAUGAUAUUACUGAAUGUGAACAAACUAUUAAUAAACUCCAUGAAGUGUACCAAAUAUACAAACUACCUGAAGAAAAAAAACUAUUACCACCUACCACUGCUACUAAAUCAACACAAAGGUUUUUUCGAAAUCUCACAAAGUGCCAUCAAUCUAACCUAAAUCGGUAUGAAAUUGAGAAAUACUUCUCUGAGCCAGAGACUGAAGCAGAUCCACUUCCUUGGUGGAAGGCAAACUCAAAUCAAUUCCCAGUACUUGCACGCAUUGCAAUGGACAUUCUUGCAGUUCAGUCUACGAGCGUACCAAGUGAGCAAGCCUUCUUUAUUGCAAGGAACACAAUCAGUCUUACCCGAAAUCGAAUAAAUCCCGAAGUCACACAUGCAUCCUUAUGCUUGAAAAGCUGGUUCACGGAAUUAGGUGAUAUGUUAAAAGAG